AUGUAUAAUAAAAGCUAUUCUUUACCCAGAGAUGUCAAUAAUAAUUCAAUUGAUAGAAAUUCUGUAUCUGAAAAAUUGAGAAUUAAUAAAAUAACAAUAACAAUUUUAUUACUUUAUUUACUUACCUCAUGUAUAACUGUAUUUUUACAUUUACCAAUUUCAUUGAUAACAUUAAUUAUACCUGUAUUAUCUAUACCAUUUACAAUAUGGGGAAUUAGAUAUGAUAUGAAACCAGCUCGUCACAUUGCUCUAAAUGGAAUAAGUACAUGUUUAUGUCUUAAAUUAUUAUCAAUUUUAGCAUAUUAUAUAAUUUUUGAAAAAGAUAAAAAUAAUAAUAAAAUUAAAGAAAAAAGUUAUUCAAGGAGAAUUGCUGUGUUAGAUCAAAAAAAUAAAGAAUAUGAUAUGAAAGUUUUGUUUAUGGCAGCUAUAAUACUUGGAGAAACUAUAAUUUUUAUUCUUUAUACAUUUAUACAAUGGCAUAGAGUUGCUGUUAAAAAGAAUAAAAAAAGAAACAAUAUUGAUAAUGAGGUUAUUAAGUUUUGA